CAUCCUUCCACUGUGACAUCACCACGUUAUGAGGUCGAAGAGCAGGAAGUGCUGUAUAACGUCCACCUGUCUCUGAGGGGGACAGGGCCACUCGGAGGGAGAGGCAGAGCUGACAACAAUAUCAACAACAACAUCGACAACAACAAACAUCAGGGAUGGGCCACUCUCUGCUUCUCCUGUUCUUCUCAGGGCUGUCCAUCCUCCCCUCAUGCCUCUCUCAUCAGUUCCACUUUGUGAACAUCAAUAAAAGCUGGACUGAAGCUCAGAGUUACUGCAGACAGAACCACACUGACCUGGCCUCCAUAGACGACAUGGCAGAUAUGAACAGGCUCAAAAACACAGUAAAGGCUGAGUUAUUAACUGUACCAGCCUGGAUAGGGUUGUAUAACACCAGCUGGAGGUGGUCUCUGGGAGACACAGAAUUAGGGAAGGUAGGGUUUUGGGACGCAGGCCAACCAAAUAAUGGAAACAACAAUGAGUCCUGUGUGUGGAUGAAAAAUGGGCUUUGGCAUGAUGCGAACUGUGGUGAACAACAUCAUUUUGUCUGCUAUGACAAAACUCUCACUUGUCAGUACAUCCUCGUCACUGAAGAGAAGACUUGGAGUGAGGCUCAGCGCUACUGUCAGAAGAACCAUAAGGACCUGGCCAGUGUGUUGAGUGAAGCAGAUAAUAACACCAUACAGAAGGCCAUACAGAACACCAUACAGCAGGCCAUACAGGGAGAGGUGGUGUGGAUCGGCCUGUAUAGAGACUGGAGGUGGUCUGACCAGAGUGGCUCAACCUUCAGAAACUGGAUGGCAGGCGAGCCAAACGGGGCAGCUGAG